ACCUUGUUGGCGCGUUAUGUGCUGUGGUGUUUCGAAUUUGGCCCAACAGGUUUGAUAAGUGCAUUCAAGCGUGUGUUCUGUUCAGUGCAAUUUUAUUUCCUUUAUUCGGAGAUGGUAGAACCUGGGACGUUUUGUGGAAUAAAGAACCGAAGAGUGAAGGUCGCUUUUGUGCUUAGAAUAUUGUUUGUUGUGAGCUUAUUGUCGAUUUCGGUAAUAAAUUCGCUGAUCGCAUCAUCCGAUGGCAACGCCGUAGUUUUCAAAUCUCGACAACGUCGUCAUCUGCUUGAGAUUCUGCAGGAUCAGGUAGAGGUAUUUGGAUCUGUUGAUGUCGGGUUUGUGACAGAUUUGAAACCCGAGGAAUUUACGGAAUUUGCGGGUACAACUGAACCAAAUUGGUUUCCGGGAAGGAAUUGUACGCCAGCGGCGAUCUUUGAGUUUCCGUCAGAUGGAUUUACUCGCGAGGAUCGUCGUCAUGGAUGGAUCGUAGUACACUUACUGAUUGCUUGCUACUGUUUCUGGCUACUAGCCAUAGUCUGCGAUGAUUAUUUCGUACCGGCGAUCGAGUUGAUGUGCAAAAAACUUCAGGUGAAGGAGGAUGUUGCAGGGGCAACCUUCAUGGCGGCAGCCUCAUCCAGCCCAGAACUGUUUAUUAACUGUGUUGGAACAUUUGUAACUAAAGGGGAUUUAGGAGUUGGUGCCGUGGUAGGAUCCGCCGUGUUCAAUAUCCUAGCAGUUCCUGCCGUCUGUGGACUUUUAGGUGGACAGGUAGUCCAACUGAAAUGGUGGCCUGUCACACGCGACUCGAUAAUGUACGGCAUGGCCGUCAUCGGCCUGAUCACUGUGCUCUCCGAUGGGAAGGUUAUGUGGUACGAAGCGCUAAUCUUAGUUUUAGCCUACAUUCUCUACAUUACAGCAAUGUACUGCAAUGAUUCCAUCAAUCGUUGCAUGUCACGUGCGUUUCGUCGGAAAUCUUGCGUCAGACCGUACACGGAGGUUACUGAAAUUUCACCGCUAUUGUCGAAUGGACAAAAUGGCACUGCAAAUGGUACUUUGAAAAAUGGCCACGUCAAACAAUCCUGCGAAAGCGAAGCUAGUGAAGAUAGCUUCGAAGAUUUCGAAUUAGCAUCAACGCCCUGGAAUCGUCGAGAAGAAAAUACUUUGGCAUACCUCUGUCGCUGGCCUAUCACGUUUCUCCUGUGGACCACUAUCCCGGAUUGCCGUCGCUAUCCCAAGCUGCGCAUCUUGACGUUCUUCGCGUGCAUAUUUUGGAUCGGUAUUACAUCCUACUUUGUCGCGUUUCUUAUCACCGUUGUGGGUGACACCAUUGACAUUCCCGACUCUGUGAUGGGACUUACGUUCCUGGCGGCUGGUACGAGCGUGCCAGAAGCAGUGUCCAGUAUCAUCGUCACUAACCAGGGACAUGGUGAAAUGGGUAUUAGCAACUCAAUUGGAUCCAAUACUUUUGAUAUCCUGCUUUGCCUCGGUUUACCGUGGUUGAUCAAAUCGCUAGCUUUACCUGCCGUACCUGGAAAUCGAUGGGUGACUUUAAAUUCAUCCGGUCUACCCUACUCAGCGAUUUCGCUGUUAUCGACGUUGUUUGGGCUGUACAUCGCAUUCUGGGCCAACCGUUUCAAGCUGGACUGGAAAGUCGGGUUAACGUGCCUGGCGAUGUAUGUGGCCUUUUUGACAGUGUCCAGUCUGAUCGAGCUCAACGUGUUCUUCCAGGUGAAUCUGCCAACAUGUAUUCACUAAGCGCUGAUCCGUGUGGUGCCGUCGAACGGUUGGCUAGAUGGCGCUUCGUACUAUGUUAUUUUAUGUACAUAUUAUUGUAAUAAUGAUAUUUUAACAUGUAAAUGUGUAACAAAAUAUUUUGUUAGUCGAGCAAUAAGAAGUAUACUCAAAGCUGCUAAGCAGGUACAGACAAAAUGAUUGUUGGGAUUAAUUCAGAAAGAUCGUUUUUGGUUGUGUGUCCUAAGCUGGUAAUAAUGAUUGUGGUUCAACUCUGCAUACCCACAAAAACCACAUACAUCUGCAUACCAUAUGAUUUAAA